UGAUCAGUGGAUUGUGAUUGUUUUUCCUGAAUAACUUGGCAAGUUGGUGUUUUGAAUGAGAAAGUCGUAAACAACUUCGUGGCAACAUUUUUGUCGUAUGGCAAUUGCUCUUGUUUUUACAUUAAAGAUCUAGUGGAUAAGUACGUUUUUGUUUUAAGACUGAUUACCGAAGUGUUUUGACUGAAAAAUAGUUAAUAUCAUUCUGUUUACUUCGGUUGUGCAAUCUUUAUCAACUGUGGGUAUAAUGGUGCCUUGACUGGAAAUGAGAUGUACGGAGAAAAUGUAAGGUUCAAAGUGAAUGGAUGAAUUGACUAUGAUAUAACUAUAACUUCCAGCCAUUCAGUUUUAUAACUAAAUAGAAAAUGACUGAUCAAGGCUAUUCAAGUGACUUUUUUAUUGAUUCUAAUCUCUUGAUUAAAUCAGAACCAAUAAGUAUGGAUUCUCUUCUCCACACUGUUAGUGUACCCAUCCCAGCGAGAAGAGCUAUGGAUCUCUCUGAGUUAAGGGACUUUGGACUGGAGGGACCUGACAGAUCUCCUGGGGACAUGAUAUUCCAGGAGAGUGGUAGCUCCACACUCCCGACCAUAUAUUCUGGCAAUGCUCUCUGGGGCACAAAAAUUGCCGGUCCCGAUUUCGACUCUAUGAAAAUGGAAGAUGAUGAUAUCUUUCAAGUAGACAAGUCAGAUCUAAUUCAGGGUCCAACUCUUGCCGAGUUAAAUGCCAAUGACGAGACACUAGGACUUGAUGAUCUUGAUGAUUUGAAUUUUGAUGAGCUUCUCUUGCCAGAGGAGAACAGCUGUUACAUCCAAGUUCCUCAACAACCAAUGAACACUAGGGUCAGCCCAUCCUUCCAAGUAACCAACCCUACACCUACAGUUGUUGCACAGAACUGUGCUUCAUCUUUUCCACCCGACAGCAUCGGGUUUUACAAGGAGACGUUAUCGUCCAGCGUGCCGUCCAACCCCUUUACACAGAUGUUUCAGAAGAAUAUGUCUCCGGUCAGUCACCACAGCUCAAGCUCCUCACUUCAGGUGACUCCUCCACCCCCUCCUCAGGUGUUGAGCCCACUUCAACACAAGCAUAGCACUCUGCAUGAGCUGCUGAUGAAAAAGGAGACAAAUUACACUGCAUCACCAUUGGGACAGUCAGUGCCUGGUCCCACAUCAAGUGUAGGAGGCCUAGUGCGCAACCCACGCUAUGCUCAGUCUCGUCUCUCCUCAUCGGCUCCCACACAUCUUGGCCUAGACCAGAUCUGGCAGCGCAGAGAGCCCCGUCCUCAUCUUCUCUCUACCAGUUCACUUGCUGAAGGUGGCUCUACGUCUUCUUUGUCCACAGGAGGAGUACUGAGCCCUGAUGCCCAUGAUUUUUCACUGGACGAGAGCUUUGAUUCUGAGGAUGACAGUGAUCAUUAUGAUGACUUUUCUUCAGACGGAGAGUCAGUGAGCGAUGGGGAGCCAGCAGCUCGUUCCAGUAGUAAGAAAGAGAGGUACUUCUGGCAGUACAAUGUACAGGCUAAGGGACCCAAGGGCCAACGACUGGUACUGACCUCUCGUCUGGAGGAUCCCCACUGUCUCAACCAGAUCACCGACCCAGUGUUUAGUCCCCAGUGUUCAGUCCAAGGAAUUAAGCAUAGGUGAGAAAAUAAUUUUGUCCUUGGGAACAGAAGCCCCUGUUGAGUGACAAUUCUUAAUCAUUUGCUCGUAUUGUGUCUUCAUUAAUCAUUAGUGCCACCAAACACAAAUGUUCAGCUCUUAUCAAACUCUUUUGCUUCUCUGAGUACUUUUAAAUUGAGAUUAUUCCCUGAUUGUAAUAUAGUUUCGAUAAGGCUGAAUAUAUAGUUUGGAACUCUUUUCUAGAGAAAUUAAUUCAGCCUUGGUCCAUGACUGUCACAGAACAAAAAAUGUUUUCAGUUUUGUGUGACUUGUUGUUUGAUGUUAAUACGAUUUUUGUUUUAUUAUUCUUGUUGCUUUAGUAACUUCGUUAUGGAUCAAAACUAUUUUCAUAUUGGAAGUUGAGAGAAUGUAUAUGUUUAGACUUUACAGGUCUUUAUGGAAUAAGUCACCACUUUCUAAUAUCAUAUUUUGCUUUUUGUUCCAUAUCUGCCAGGUCUCUGUACUGUUUAUCUCAGAUUUUGUCUGUUGUAAGUAAAUUUUCAAAACUUGUAUGGAUGAUAUAAAAUCUUUCUAUAUCAGUUCCGUAAAAUAAUAUUUUUAUUGUUUCAUGAAUGUAUUAUUUGUUAACCCUUGUUUUGGUAAUUUCCUAACUCAGAAUAAUAUAAUGGUGUUUACCAUAA